AUGGCUGAAAUUGAGCACUACGUUGAUCCUGAAAACAAGGAUCAUCCCAAGUUUGAUGAUGUCAAGGAUGUUGUCUUGACUUUGUUGCCCAAGGAUGUGCAAAUGAGCGGUAAGACUGAUACUAUUCAAAUGGCUAUGGGUGAAGCUGUCGAGAAGAAGAUUAUCGAUAACCAAACUCUCGGUUACUUUAUUGCUCGUAUCUACCAAUUCUUGGACAAGAUCGGUAUCAAGAGUGAUCGUCUCCGUUUCCGUCAACACAUGGACAACGAAAUGGCACAUUAUGCUUGUGAUUGUUGGGAUGCUGAAAUUCACACUAGUUACGGUUGGAUCGAAUGUGUCGGUUGUGCUGAUCGUUCUGCUUAUGAUUUGUCUGUUCAUUCUAAUCGUACUGGCGAGAAGUUGGUUGUUCGUGAGCAAUUGGCUGAGCCUCGCACUGUGGAGCUCUGGCAAGUUGAAAUCAACAAGAAGACCUUUGGUCCCAAGUACAAGAAGGAUGCCAAGGUCGUUGAGGAGGCUUUGUUGGCUUUGUCCGAAGACCAAUAUGCUCAAUUGGCCAAGGACUUGGAGGCUAACGGUGUUGGUUCUGUGCAAGUCAAUGGUCAAUCCAUCGAAGUCGGUAAGGAGAAUGUCACUGUCAAGCGUGGUACAGUUACCGAACAUGUCCGUGAAUACACCCCCAACGUUAUUGAGCCUUCAUUCGGUAUCGGUCGUAUCCUCUACUCCCUUUUGGAACACAGUUGGUGGGUUCGUGAAGACGAUGAGGCUCGUAACGUCCUCUCAUUCCCUACCGUUGUCGCCCCCUUCAAGUGCUGUCUCUUGCCUCUCUCUGGUAACGCUGCUUUCGAGCCUUUGGUCCGCAAGUACUCUCGCGAGCUCCGUAAGGCUGGUGUUUCUCUUCGUACAGAUGACAGUAAGGCCUCCAUUGGUCGUAGAUAUGCUCGUAACGAUGAGCUCGGUAUUCCAUAUGCCAUCACCAUUGAUUUCGAUACCGUUCAAGACGGUACUGUCACCCUCCGUGAACGUGAUUCCACCAAGCAAAUUCGUGACACUUUCGAGAACAUUUUGAAGACUCUUGUCAAUGCCAAUUAG